CUCUGACGACGAUUUUUGGAAAUCCCCGAAAUAUAUAGGUACUGUCAUUUGUUCCCCUCUUUUCCUUGUCGAAGGGAUACCGCCGGGACGCAACCACUACAUAUAGUUGAAUUGGUUUCCCGCUUCGGAUAUCGGAUACAAGUCUUAUUUAUUUCUCAGAGAUCAGUCCAGGUUUCUCUGCUUUCGCAAUGGCCGCAACUCCCAACUCCCCGGCUUCUAAGGGUGAACAUGAAUCAGACGAGUUGAUGAAGAACCCUGCCGAUAUGACAGCCUUUGUACAAAAUCUCCUUGUUCAGAUGCAAACCAGGUUCCAGACAAUGUCUGAAAGCAUUAUCGGCAAGAUAGAUGAAAUGGGAAGCCGCAUUGACGAGCUGGAGCAGAGCAUCAACGACUUGAAGACUGAGAUGGGAGGAGAAGUUCCGAUCAAAAAGCCUGAAGAGCCAAAAAAUUCUGAUGGUUCUUCUUGAGAUUUCUACAUUUGCAGACAGAUUGAACUGGGAGGCUAUAUGUGUUUGUACGGGUUCUUCUCUGUGACUGCUACACUGUUUACAUGUCUUUGACAACUUGAUCCUUAUAUAACUAUCGUUUCAUUCCGUUAAACUUUUGGUGGAGUUCAGUGUUUGCCUCUAUAUUGUUUUAACAUUUUUCAGAUGUUGAGUAUUCUAUGUGCUUGGAAGUAAAUGCAAAUUUAUUCAAUAUC